AUGAGCGAGACACCACAGGAGCACCCAUCCGGGCGAACCAGCGGCGAAACACUUCAAGUGGUCGCUGAUGGUGAUACCAUACUCUCGGUGGUCCAACCUGUAUUCCACGAGACUUUCUCGAAGGACUUCGGAUUUCUGCCCAUUCCGAAACAUCUCCGCUACGACCCCGAGCAUCCCGCGCACUUCGGAUUGCUUCUGAACGCAACUUUCGGGAUUGCGAGUACAUUUGUCGUUGCAAAUCUUUAUUAUUGUCAACCUCUGUUAAUUGAAUUCUCAAAAUCAUUUAAUGUCACAUAUGAUGAAGUAUCCAGGAUACCUACUCUAGUUCAGGCAGGUUACGCUGUCGGUAUCGUGUUCAUCUCCACUCUCGGCGACCUCGUGCGCCGUCGCCCCCUCCUCCUUGUUCUCGUGACCAUCUCCUCCUCGUUAACAAUCGGUCUCGCAAUCACGAAAAGCCUCGCAGUCUUCGAGGCAUUAUGUUUUCUCGUCGGUAUGGUCACGGUCGUGCCACAGGUCCUCAUGCCACUCGCAGCCGAUCUUGCGCCGCCCGAGCGCCGUGCAUCUGCACUGUCGAUCGUGCUCGCGGGCCUCCUGCUCGGUGUGCUCUUUGCCCGUGUGCUUGCGGGUAUCAUCGCGCAGUUUGUGACGUGGCGCGUCGUGUACUACCUGGCGAUUGGCUUGCAGUACUUCGUGCUCGUACUGCUAUACUGGAUGCUCCCAGAUUAUCCGGCGAAGAACAAGGGCGCGACGUAUUUCGGAAUACUGUACUCUAUGGGGAAGUUUGCCGUGACGGAGCCAAUGCUGAUUCAGGCAUACCUGAUCAAUAUGCCUUCAAGCGCAUGCUUCAGUAAUUUCUGGGUCACGUUGACAUUCCUGCUCGGUGGACCGCCGUAUGGCUACUCUACGCUCGCCAUCGGCCUCUUCGGUCUUGUGGGUAUGUUUGGCGUCGCGAUGGCCCCCCUUGUGGGACGCACCAUUGAUGGCCUCGUACCGUGGUUCGCGUCUGUUGUUGCAACGCUGGCGCUACUUGUGUUUCAGGCCAUUGCGGUCGGCGCGGAUGGAGUUAACAUCGGCGCGAUCGUCGUUGUCUGCUUCGGAAUCGACGUGUUCAGACAGAUGGUCCAGGUGUCGCUCACAACGUCCGUAUUCGGCCUUGACCCCACUGCUCGCGCCCGGCUCAAUGCUGUGCUCCUGCUUUCACUUUUUAUCGGCCAGGUGAUGGGCACCUCUGUGGGGACGCUAGUUUUUACUAAAUACGGCUGGCGUCCUGCCGCUGCGCUAUCUCUCGCGUGGACGGGCUUUAUGCUCUUCAUGAUCCUCUUGCGCGGACCACACGUCUCACGGUACACAUGGUUCGGUUACAGCGGAGGCAUUGAGAUACGCAAGAGCAAGCUAAACACGCGGGAGCGGAAGCAGGAGAACGACGCGGAAGCGGCGGUAGCAGCCGAUAUCAAUGCGGCUGGGGAAGCGCAAGAGCCUGGAAACGAGAACGAAAAGAGUCUUCGGGCAGAGGCUGAACAGCGAGGAGUGGCCUCGAAGGCGGAGGAGGUAGAGAAGGUUGCCAGCCAUGAAUAACACAAUGAUGCCGCGCUAGAGAAAGAAGCCCGACAUGCCGAGGCGGCAGUGUAGAGUGGUGCAUAGAACUAGAGCUGUAAAGCAAGCACCUACGAACAUUUUUCUCGGCGCGGAGUUUGCGCACGUUGUCGCAGAUAAGCGGCGCCGAUGAUAUAUCACCAAUCAAGCCGAGC